UCAAAGAUAUUGUUCUCGUUACCCAGACCCGGGGGCAGAAACAAUAGACUCAUUUACAAUUCCGUGGAAAAGUGAAAAAUUCUAUGGCUUUCCCCCUUUCGCACUGAUCUCACCAACUCUACGAAAAAUUAUUAAUGACCAAGCUACUGGGGUAAUUGUGGUUCCCUACUGGCCCACACAAUCCUGGUACCCACUAUUCCAAUCUCUACUAUGUUCCCCACCCCUUCGCUUUGAUCCUGCACCCGAUUUAUUACUAUCUCCUUGCAGGCAGAAGAUUCACCCACUGGCUCACAAACUAUCACUAGUGGCAGGGAAAUUAUCGAACAAUCGUACCUGAAUGAGGGUAUUCUACCAGAUUCACUCGACAUAAUGCUUAAUUCUAUUACGGAAUCGACUAGAAAACAGUAUGAAGGACCAUUAAAAAGAUGGAAAGAAUUCACCAAAGAAGAAAAUAUUAAUUUAUUUGACCCAAAGGCAACAGAAGUGAUAAAAUUCUUGACACUAAGAUAUAACGAAGGUGCAUCUUACGGGACUUUGAAUUCAUCAAGAUCCGCUAUUUCCCUAAUAUCAAAAAAUGACUUAUCAAAAGAUAAAUUAUUAUCUCGGUUCUUUCGUGGAAUUUCUAAAAUACGACCCCCAAAAGCCAAAUACUCCACUACUUGGGAUACUGAAAAAGUCCUCUCCUUCAUCGAAGACUCAAAAGAUAAAGAAGAUUUAACACUAAAAGAGCUUUCGGAGAUCACAAUUACAUUGUUAGCACUUGCGACAGCACAUCGUCUCCAAACAUUUUCAUUUAUUCAUAUCGACAAUAUAGAAAUAACCCCUACAAGAGUCAGAAUAAAAAUUCCGGAUUUAAUUAAAAAUUCAAGACCAGGAAAAGCUCAACCUGUCUUAAGUCUCCCUUUAUUAAAUCAAAGGAAAAAAGUUUGUGUAGCUUCAACCAUUUUGCAUUAUUUGAAAAUAACCAAAGAUAUUAGAGGAGACAAUAAGAAAUUAUUUAUUUCAACUACUCGCCCUUACCAUCCAGUAUGUCCACAAACCUUGGGUCACUGGAUAAAAUCACUAUUAGGAAAGGCAGGCAUUAAUACAAAAGAGUUCAGUGCUUACAGUACCAAGCAUGCUGCUAUUUCUGCAGCAUAUGAUAGGGGUAUCGACAUUAAUACAAUAAUUCAAAGGGCAGGUUGGUCGGAGGGAUCACAAAUGUUCGCUCAUUUUUAUAACAGACCUAUUGAAAGAUCGGAAGACAAUUUUGCAAAAGCAGUACUU